AUGUCCAAAGUAUCACUCCAGGAACGCUACAACAAGUUCAGCAAGGCGGCCAAGUACAACCUGAACUCGGAGGAGCUGUUCUGCGUGUGUCGGCGCGUGGACGACGGCGAGCUGAUGGUGGCGUGCGACGGCUGCGACGAGUGGUUCCAUUUCUCGUGCAUGAAGCUCGAUCCCAAAUACAAGGACCUCGUGAGCAAUUUCUACUGCGUUUUCUGCGACGAGCUGCUCCACAGGGGCUCGACGCUGUGGAAGAAGAAGUGUCGGCUGGCCGGCUGCUACAAGCCGGUCCGGAUCGACGCCGAGUCGCAGAAAACGUCGAAAUACUGCAGCGACGAGCACGGCGUCGAGUUCAUGCGCACCGAGCUGCUGAAGAGGUUCAGCGGGUCCAGCAAGGAGUGCCGGCUGCGCGAGCCGGAGAUCGCGAGCGUGGUGUGCGGAGUGGCCGAUCUGGACGAGUUCCGCGUGCUGGGCGACAGCAUGCCCGUUUACGACGGCAUGGACGUGGACAUGCCGGAGGAGCUGGCGCGGCGUGUGGCGCAGCUGGACGCCGAGCUCGCAGAGCUGCGCCGCGCCGAGGCGCUGUACGCUUCCAAGGAAAAGUACCUGCUGAAGCUGCGGGACAAGAUCCGGCUGGUAAACGAGGUGCUUGCCGGGACGGAGCCGGAGCCGGCGAAAAAGGGCAAGAAGCACAAGGUCGACGUGUGCGGCUACGACGCGACGCUGGUGCUGGACGACGAGCAGUGGCGCGCGUUCGCGGCGAGCGAGGAGUGCCAGAAGACGCUUCGGCUCGCGGGCUGGGCCGAUCUCGGCGCGACGCCGCAGCAGGCGCUGGAGGCGCACCGCGCGCAGCAGCCGUUUGCCAGGCUUUGCAUGGCGGACCGCAGGAAGUGCGUGCGGCACCUGACGUGGUACAGCAUCCAGUACGACGCGGUCAUGUUGCGCUUGAACGAGGUGCUAUACAGGGUGGCGCAGCUCGAGCGCGAGAAAAGCGGCGUGGCGCAGCAGUGGCGCAGCCAGCUUCUAGACAGCUAG